AUGAAACUAUUGAUCCUCGCUCACUUUUGUAUCUAUUUAAUACCAUUAGCUGUUUGUGUCGUUGAAUUUCUUGUUGGUUGGACUCAGAUAAAAGACCCUAUUAGAGAUAGUUGUGAAGUAUUUUAUACGACUAUCUACGUUCAAAUAUUUAAUACAAUUUUCGCGUAUGCAUUACCAAUGUUCUUUAACAUGCUGAUGAUUUAUGCUAGUGUUCAUCAUGUUCAUUUAACAUCAGUUUUACCAUGGACACAACAUCAUGUUUCAGCUCGUGAAAAAUAUCAUCGUUCAUUAGUCAUUCAAUUUUUUUGUUUUUAUUUUAUUUGGGGUGUACUUUGGUCACCAUAUGUUAUUAUUUUUCAAGUAUCAUUUCGUCAGCAGAAUGUGAUGAAUGUCGUUACGCUACUUAGUCUUGCGGAAACAGCGUGUGAUCCAAUAAUUGUUGCAGCAUUAGAUGUUCGUUUUUGGCAUCAAUGGCCAAAACUCGGAGUUCAUCUAAAAGAUACUAUAUUCGUCAAUCGACGCAACCGUAGACGAAUUCAACCUGAAAUAGUGAAUCUCAAUUGA